AUGGACUUGAAACUAGGAGGCAAAUACAAGACAGGCAAGAAGCUAGGCUCAGGUGCUUUCGGAGAAGUGUUCGUUGCUAAAGAAACUAAUACAGAUGAAGAAGUCGCUAUUAAAGUUGAGUCCAAUAGGACUAAACAUCCACAGCUUUUGCAUGAAGCCAAGCUGUUGAAGCUGCUGAAGGGGAAGGGAAUCCCAGAGCUUAAGGGAGCCAUCGUUGAAGGAGACUACAACGUAAUGAUUAUGACUUUGCUUGGACCAAGCUUGGAGAACCUCUUGAAAUACUGAAAAGGGAAAUUUACUCUGCAUACAACAGUCAUGUUUGCCAUUCAGGCGUUAGAAAGGAUUGAACAUGUACAAUCCUGCAAUUUCCUUCAUAGGGAUAUUAAACCAGAUAAUUUCGUUAUUGGAAGCAAGAAGCCAUCUUUGAUCUACAUGAUCGAUUUUGGGUUAGCCAAGAGAUUCAGAAACCCAAAGACAGGACAGCACAUUCCUUGGAAAGAAGGAAAGAAUCUGACUGGGACAGCCCGUUAUGCCAGUCUAUUUACUCAUUUAGGAUACGAACAGGCCAGAAGAGAUGAUCUAGAAGGACUUGGGUAUGUCAUGCUUUAUUUCCUCAAAGGAAAGCUUCCAUGGCAAGGACUCCCAGCUAAAACUAAGAAGGAGAAGUACGAGAAGAUUAAAGAAAAGAAGCAGAAUACUCCAAUAGAAGAUCUCUGUGCUAAACUUCCCAAGGAGUUUGCUAAAUAUUUGAAUUACUGUAGAAGCCUUCAAUUUGAGGACAAGCCAUGCAUCUCCGACUUAAAGAGACUUUUCAAGAACCUCCUUAAGAAGAAAAACCUUGAAUAUGACUUCAAGUUUGACUGGAUCAAGAAGAAGGCCAAGGUUCCACCAGAGAUUGGCUAUGCUGACUCAGAAGAAGGAGAAGAGCCAAAUUACAGGGAUAGACUGAAGGAGAUCCUCAAUAAAAAAUAAGUUGCUAUAUUUCAUGUGACAC